UCGGCAGUACGUUCGGGAUCUGCCUCGCUGAACGCUGAAAUUACUAACCCGUAAUUAUCUCCAUGUGAAUAAUAAAACCCACAAUUCAAAAUAUCGCCUUCUGUAGCGAAAUUCAAGCAAUCAAGGAGCACCCCAAUCAAGGUUUCAUGAGCUUCAGGGAAUAGCCUGCUUCGCUUGAAAAGCAGAUUGCCCUGAUCUGGCCGAGGAUUGUUGAUUGCGAUUUGAGUCGUUUGCAGGCAAUCUCUUCAUGAUACUAAUCUUCUCGAUCAAUUGCUUCUGCGGAAUCCUUGAGGGGGUUCCGAGUUUAAGGAUUGACAGGCUUGUUGGGAUGGUUAAAGCGAGAUCGCCUGCUGCCAAAUAUCAAUAGGCAACGUAGAUGAAAGGGAUGAGGAGUGCCAUGAGGAAGGGGGCUGCAGGAAAUGGCGACUCCGAAGGGGGUGUCAGACCUACAUCUCAUGAUCUUUCUUGUGGCCUUCGGAAUAGAUGGCUUUGAGAGUCGUCCUUACGUCAUGAUUGUUUACUCAUUAAGUGGCCCUCAAACCAGCCUUGUUGACUUCAGUAUCAGUUUUCAAGCAUUUCUCAACAUUCCUAACUAAAUGUCUCAGAGGCUUCAGCUAGCAAUUCAUGUUACUCCUUUUCUGCCCAUCGUAGUCUCAAAUAGUUGCACAGUCAGUGACGUAAGAAGGUUCUUAUCAGGUUGUAUUUCAAAAGUUUGUCAUAAUACCUACCCACAGAUCAUAGGUGGUAGGAUUCCCGCCGGGAGUUCCAUUGUGAUUAUAGAGCGCACCGAAGUGCCUCACCAUAUGCUGCUGCUACGUUACUCUAUGGUUCAGGCACUCUUGUACUCUCAACUUUCAUUUUUUGUCUGUCCCCUUCCAUCACGUUGAGCUUUGCUUGUUACCUACAGCCAAUGUUACAGGAAGCAAGUGCAGGUCGAUGAGGCUGAAUGAUAGCAAGAGACAGGUUUUAUUCUUUUUGUUCAGUCCCUACCGAAAAGGACAUCCUGACGACAUGCAGAGUACUCAAGACGUGUUGUGAAGCAAGCCCUUUGGACGUUCUUUUCAAGAUUCCACUUGUGUCAACUCAUUGUGUUCGUGGUGGAUCUCACCAAUUUUGCAACAAUUUUCGAUAUGUACUCUCAAUAGAUUGGAGCCAAGUACGAUGGCUUCAGGUGCAUAUCUUGGGGGCUUUUUCGACCAAUGCAAGGAGUUCACUGCUAAGCUGGUCAGACGAGGUUAAGGAGAUGGCUGAAAUGCUGACGGAUUCCUCAGAAAUAGUGGGCUUUCGUCUUCUGCACAACCUCAAGUACCUGAACCCUGUGAUGAAAUUCAGCGAGUUCAGAGACUCAACGGAAGGGAGGAUAGUUAACAAUAGGGGGGAUCCCCUGCCACUUCAAGCCUGCUGUCAAAGAGCGUUGUUCCUAGUUGUGGAUUUGCCUACUAAAUCUUCGCAUCGUCAGCAAUUGAAAUGCAGGGAAAAGAGUAUCAUAGGUAAUUCUGCAGUUCAGAAUCAACCCCCUAUAACGGUAUCAUUUCUGAUUUACCACAAAGCAUGGGCAUGUAUAACAACUUGCGUAACUACCACUUCAAUGAAAAAAUAAGAAAAAAACAUAGAAAAGAAAAGUAGGUGAUUUA